AUGGAAAACGGCAGUGGCGUCAAUGGACAUGGCUAUACGAGCCUGCCUGGCGGGCAGCCAUAUACGAACGGAUUCCAUGAGCCAACGGCUGAGGAUCUCGAGCGUGAGCUACCUGUCGUGAUGGAUGGCCAGGUUCCCUUGCAGGAGUUGGUCUCGAGGACAGUACAAGCGAUCUAUGCCCAACUGUCAGAACUGUCAGAAACUCUACCAAACAUGUCAGACACUGCGCGAAAGCGGACGCUAGCGGAUUGGGUUGUACAAACCAAGAAACAGGUGGUUAAGCUGUAUGCAGUCGUGAAAUGGGCGCGAGACGCAGACGUCGUGCAGAAAGCGAUGAAUGUAACAGCUUUUCUCAUGGACCAGAACCGCCAAUUUGAAGACGCAAUUAAUGGGCUCAAGUAUGCAAGGGACAGCCUUGAUCCUGCGAGAUUGCGAAACCACGACUUGCUUACCUCUCUAGAUGUCUUGACGAGUGGGUCGUACAGGCGACUACCAACAGCCAUUAAGAAAAUCAUUGUUCCACCAAUACCAUUGUCUGAUGAGGAGGUGGCGAGGACAUUAGCUGAUGUCGAGGACUCGAUCCGGUUCCGGCUCAGAAUGACCGAAAUUAUUCCACGAGAAAUGUCAAAAUAUCGCAUAUCCGACGGACGCGUUUGUUUUCUCGCGCCGAAACUGUUCGAGGCUUCUCUGUGCGUCAGAGGAGCGCAGAAGGACGAUGGCUGGUUCUUCGUGAAUGUUGAAUUCCUCUUCACAGUCGGUGGGGACCGCACUGGCGUGCAAGAGUUCCCCCGCAAGCCCACGGGGCUGUUAAAAAGACACAUUACCGACGAGGCAGAUGCACGUCUCGCAUUCUACCUCCCUCUACCGCCCGAUCAUAUACCCCCACCGGAUGUCGAGAUACCCCCACGACCGCAUUUACCUCAAGGUGUAAUGGAUGCUCCACUUGUUCGUGUUUUCAACUUCCUUCAAAUGAUGUCUUUGUCGUACCAGCUUGAGAUUUUGUGGUACCAGACAGAGCGGUUGCGCUCACUCGGCUGGGCGGACUUUUUGUCAGUCAUGAUGACCAACAAUCGUCAAACGUUGACCAUAUCAUACUGGGUACGACAUCCUCCAGCAAUUGUGCCUGGAAGGCCUCCGCCACGGUCAAAGCUCCCCCCUCUCGGUGGUAAAUUAACAAUAUCCAUCGUGCGCGUGGAGCCUUCCCCGAAGAACAAGGCGAAUCGUUCGCCAAAGGACCGUGUGCUCGCCGAACUGCAGGAGAAAUCAAAACUGCAAGGCGCGCGUCCGUCUGAUGAGGUCGAACCUCUCCGCUUUGAGGUCAAAUGGGAGCCGCAGAAGGAGGCGCUGGGUGUCGAUGUCCCGCCACAGGACAUACGACUUCCACUGCGUGAGCUUGUCGUAGAUCCAGAUAACCUGGACAUAGAGGCGCUGUUGCGCAAAGUCAUCACCAAGCAUAUAGAAGAGAUCUUGAAAGUCAUCAAGGCUCAACUACAACACGGAUCAACCACCCGCAGCGGGAUCCAUGCGCUGCGUACACAUCUAUGUGCGGAUGAGGUCGUCGUCGUUACUAUCGAUCCCAGAACAGGACGCUUGAACUUGCGGGAUACUGGCGACCUCGCGGCUGCGGGCCGAGGGCGACGCUACGCGCAACUCACCGACAGGUUGAACGAAAACCCUGGCUUCUUGCCAGACGCUUUCGUGAGGCUCAAGUUCGGGACAAUUGUGGACUUGGCAGAACAAAAGGCCAGCUAUCUCGGUCUGCAGAGCUAUCGUACUCGCAAUUUCUCUCCAGAAGAACGCGCCAAGCUCGGAUCCCCCGCGUGGUCGAUGCUUUACAUUCAGCUCGCAAAGUAUCCUUCCCACUAUCUUGUUUUAGUCAUCACCGAAGAGGACUUCCGCUACGCUCUCAUUUCGGUCGAGGUGGUCCGCGACUCCGUGUUACACGACAUGGUCAUGAAAGAUAUCGGGUGGCUCGAUGUGCGGCGGGUACAUGGCGAUGAGAUUGUCGUCAAGGACCAUGCAGUUGGCGUGGACCCCAAAGUGGGCCAAAAGCGGAAGCGCGAUAUCGUCGAGAGUAUGGAACAUGUGGAUAUUGGGGAGCAGUAUACCCCUCGGUUCAAUCUUGAGACUCAAGUUCUUCGGGAGUUGUAUGCGUAUUGCUGCGCGCGAGUGGCGUACUACAAGAUUGAACAACAGUUCAAGCUCCGCAACAUUCCGUACACUGCCGUGAACUCUACGAAUGUCGCUCACAUACCUGAGCUCGGGCACCUCCAGUCAUCGAUCGCUCGCUCAAUUCCGGCGCUCUGCGUUCAAUCCUUGGAUCUGCUGCAAGGUGCUCCGGCUGCAGAAGCCGCCAUGCCCAAUAUUCGCGUCAUUCCUUUGAAUUGGUGGUCAGAACAACAAGCACAAGUCGUCACAUGUGUGAAGCUCAAGUAUGUGCAGCAGCCAGUCGGCAAGAGAGCUGGUAGUAGUAACGUCAUACGACCAUCCAAGCGCAUCAUCUAUGACAAGGCGGAGGCGAUCGUUUCCUUCUUGUCGGAAGACGUUGACAAAUGUGUGGAUGAGUUCUCUGAAGAAUGGGCACGCGUCUCAAAAAUGGUAGUCAUUGCAAGAGAAGUGGCCCAGAUGUCGCGACACAAUCACUGGACAGACGUGCGCCUGCUCUCUUUCGAUCUCCAAACAGUUGAGUUUGCGUACGCGGGUGGUUACACGCUAUCCAUCAACUGUACCGACCAACUCUCCCCUACUGGCGGUUCGUAUAACCUCUUCUUUUCGCGCAUCUGUGAUGAGCAAAGAGAGGAGCAAGGUCAAGACGACGACGAUCUGUACAACCCUCAUGAAGAAAUAGAAUCAUAUCUACAUGAUUCGCUGCGGCAUGGCCCACUGGCGCAGCGGCUACAAAGACUGGUUCGCUUCUUGAGGGAUACGCUACCCGUCGUCGUGGAGUUGGAGGACAUACGCUCAACGGCUUUCAAGACUGGACAGAAUAUCGAUGUGUUCCCGAAGGCGGCCGGUUGUCCUUCGGAUGAUCAUAACGAGGCGCCACCUUUUAGACAUGCCCUCGACUUCCGAUUAAUGUCUGGGGCUCGCAUCAUCAUUCUCGAUGGCUCUCAUUCACUCUUCCUCGCCGACGGGCAGGCCCCGUUGUCCAACUCUCCGCAGAAGCUACCGUCGGUAUUCCAUGCGAAGAAGUCUCGGGGCUCCGAGAGCGGUUCUCUUCUGCAGCCAAUUCCUGACUUUGCUAUGAUGGUCGUCGACGCUGUCAAAGACGUCACGUCCAAGGGCACGCAUGGUCAGAUCGCUCCUAUCGACAUGGGGGUCAUUUGUGAUGGGUCUGUCGUCAAGGUUGUAGCGAGGGCGAUUCAUGAGCGAAUUCUUCGACGAAUAAAGCCUCCAGAUCAUGGGAAGUAA